AUAAAGUUUGCGUCGCUUCUCCCGGCGAACGUUCGGAGGCUGUCUGGAACACGUUUUACCAUGGUCACGCCAGCCGUGGAUGGCGCCUCGGUGCAAGACUUCGACGCGGACUGGCUGGUCGUGCGGUCCCCGGGACAGGGGCAGCCGGGACACGGCGCGACCGAAGCCGAUCCGUUCCUCACGCGCCGUGACGUGCAAGCGGUGGAACAGCCGACUGCUGCCGUUGGGCUCGACGAAAAGCUCCAUACCACGAGCAACUCGUCCCGGGUAACCGAGUCGUCCGGGACGAAUCUCUCCGGGUACGGUGUUUUG